AUGAUAGAGGAAUUUGGUCCUCAGCCACCACAUAAAUGGUUAACUCUACCAGAUAUGGGUUACGUGAUAGCGAAUGGUUAUAAUGUUGUACUUGUCUGUUUAGGAAUUGAAUGCUGGACUUUCUUCCCUAUGACAUCUUCAUUUUCACCGAAUGUAGCAAUUUACUGCAUUGGUUUUGUAAACAGAAACCAUUGGGUUCAGGUAAACAUGAAAGAAGGGUUUCCAUUGCCCACCAGUGACAGUAGAUUGGAAGAAGUUUCGUUCUCCAGCAGCAACAUCUUGGAUGAUAGGAUUUGCAGAACGUCUACAACAUUGGCAACAACUUACGCCUAUAUUACCAACGCAUUAUGA